GUUACUAUCGAUUGUAUCUCAGGUCUAGGAAGCUCCACGGAAAACAAACGAUAAAAUAAUACAUUUAAAAGUAAAAUAUGAAUAGCGAAGAUCUAACAGACAUCCUAAUUGAAGCACUGGAAGUAUUCGUUAAUCAUAUCAUUUAUGUACGCGGCUUAUAUCCGGAGCAAAUUUUUAAAAAGCGGCGCGUUUACAAUGUCCCUGUUUAUGUGUCUAUCUUCCCUAGUCUUAAUUCCUACAUUCUUAAUGUUCUAAAAGCAGCGCGUAGUCUACAACAACAAGGAGAAUUAGAAUGUGUCUUACUGCAGUUCUAUCAUGACGAGGUACCUCUGAACGAGUGCUACAAAUUCGAUAUUAAACAAUUGCAGCAAUUCAUCGAUGUUCCGGAAAGGGAAGAAGCGGAGCUACCAAUGCUUCAUGAUAGGUUCCUAAUUGAUUUUGAACAAGAAUUGCGGAGUUCACUUUACAAACUAGCCGAACGGUUGAAACCUCUGGAAAAGCUACCAAAAGGUGCCAAAUUCAAGGUGUCACUAAAUACGACACAAGAAGCAUUUGUAAAAUUUAGUCACAAUCCAUACUAUCAGGACUUCCCUUGGCUCUGUGAUCACUUAAAAUUGGAACAGGAGAAACGUGUAAUAUCGCUCCUACCACUUACCCAUUUAUAUAGCAUAGGAUUAAUCUUGAACUUAGAAAUAUUUUAAUUUAUUUACAUAUAAAAGACAAAUAUAUAUUACUUUUAGGAGGAUUUAUAUAACUUUUAUGUAUGUAUUUUUAAACAUUCCAUAUUUUUACAGCGAAUAAAUU